AACAGUUACCCCCCAGCGGAUUUCCGUUCACAUUUUGUGCAGACAGACGGCGGUUGGAUAACUGGUCGAAAUAUACUUGUGAUAGUUCUGAGCUAGUAGCUCACCGUUUUCCAAGUGAUGAGCGCGAUUGGAAUGUGAAAUUGAACGCGCGGCGGGCUCCGUUCCUUAACCUGGCGGCCUAGAUUUCAAUCAUUCACUAUCCUAGCAUCGUUGGAAGGCUUCGCUGAUCGGAUUCCAGAACACAGAUUCUGGGCUGCCUUUUGGAGGAGGAUUGAUUCGUUCUCCUUCGAAUAUUCCUACUCCAGGACCAACCCCCCAGCAGCUGACUCUCAAUCAUCGGUUAUAAGGUGCCGUGAUACUGAUAGUACUGUUACUGUAAUCGCCAUGUUCCUCGCGGCAGUCCGUCCCCACACAAUGAAGUUCACCCUUCUGGCGCUGGCAAUAUUUGUCAUGAUCACCUCCUUAACGCUUCUGGUCAUCGCCCUCAAUCCUGUUUUUCAAUUCGUUUCGCUGAAUUCAGACGUACUACUGCAGCAGAAGCCAACACUACCUGCCUCUUCUGAAUCUCUGUCGGUUUCUCCCCAACCAGAUCAUGUAGUGUUGCAACAUACCGCCUUAUCAUCGCCUCAACCCUACACAAAUGCCACACUCGGAAUAGCCGGACGUAUAUUUGUCAUCUCACUGCCUCGCCGUGAUGACAGACGGGUCAAAAUGAAGGCUCUAGCAGAAUUCAUGCGUCUCAAGUUCACGUUCGUUAAUGCUACGGAUGCAUCUGAUGCUGCUGUGACCGUAAUCAUGGAACGAGUGCGAUGGGAACGGUCUCUGCAUGCUCUUCGUAUCCAUUGGGGGCUUUCUCCUAAGCUUCCUUCGAAUCUCACCGGGCUGGAACGUUCCGACUAUAUACACUGGCCCCCUGAUGCUCAGCCCUGCCAUUUGAAAGUCGACAGCGAUUGUUCAGAGACGGACGAAUUAGGCCUCGAUGGUUCUGACUUGUGGACAUUGGAUCCUCUGCAAGACAAACGCUCCUCGCAAGUCACCAACCCUCUUCCGGAUCCUCCGAGCCCGGACUUUCGCCUGCCGCUCCCAUGUACCCCUCUACCUCUUUCAUUGCCUUCGCUUAUGCAAUCUCACGAUGGUGCUUUUGGAAAUCUCAUACGUGGAACUGCUGAUGCCCUCAGUUUGGGAAAAGAAGGCGGUGACAGUGUGGCCGUGGUACUUGAAGAUGACGUGGACAUGGAAUUUGAUCUCAAAGCUCGUCUCGCGCUGGUUUGGCCUUCUCUGCCUGCUCGAUGGGAUAUCGUUUUCCUUGGACACUGUUGGUCUCCAGGCGAAGGUACCCGCACCGCUUUGCGGAGCGUCACGAUUUUAAACUAUUCCGACUAUACAAACCACAAAGAAGCGACAUCAUACACAUUUGCUCUGCAUCCCUCAAUUUCUCCUAAAUGCACGCAUGCAUAUGCAGUUUCCAAAUCCGGAGCCAACCGCAUUAUUCGCCAUCUCCGUACAACUGCCACUCAUUUCCCUCACUUCCAUCAUUCGGGGGCCAAUCACCGUGGGAUCGAGACACAGCACCAAGGUCCGUUCUGUCAUGAUGUACCUUGCGGGGGAACACCGUUUGCAUACAGCCGGGCCUUGGAUCAAGCGCUCGUUCGUCUCAUUCAAGGACACCGAUUGCGAGCUUUCAGUAUUGUACCGAGCAUCAUUAUUCAAACAAAAGAUGUCCCAAGCGAUAUAAUGCGGGGAAACGGUAGCAGCUGGAAAGAUGAACUCGUGAACAGUGCCCUUGAAAGAAUGUAUCACGAAAAUUUCAGCACGAAUCGCACUUUGGAUUGAUAUGUUCGCGGCUUUUAGAUUCUCGGGCGUAUCUCCCACCGUACCAUUGAUUUGGAGCAUCCAUGAGCCUUACAGACAAUUCAUUCUGCAGAUCAUGCAUAGAUAGCCGCUUUUUUUGGGUACUCAAUGUAAG